GUCAUCUGUGUUUCAACUAUAGUAGUCAACUUCCAAAGUAGUUUCAAGUUGACAUUAUACUGUAAGUAAGGUAUAGCUGUAUUUGUGAUAGUUUCUCAGAGAUGUUGAAUAUACUUUGCUUCCAAUUGCCUAGCAUUGUUAUCAGCUGCCUUUCUCUAGAUCAGUAUUGAUAUUAGCUUGGCACUGUGUUAGCGCUGUUCUGUGAAAACUUGUUUUGGGUGUUUGCCUAGAAUUUGGUUAGCAUUUUGUUCUUAGUACUAAAGUCAAUCCAAGCAAGUGCUUUUUGUUGCUGGCUUCCCUCCUAAUUCCCCAUCUAUCUUGCUGUUCAUGUUCUCUGUUAAGUCGAUCUUUGUCUCUCUUUGCGGUUAUGCUGAAAGCAGAACUAAGAGGUGUGUUCUGAAGGACGGCGAUCAGCAGCGUCUCAUUAGCUCAUUUGCCUCCCGUGCCAUCACUGCUCAUCAGCUGUCCACCGCUAAUGGAGUCCUGCUUAACCACUUGCCUAAGUCAGAAAGCAACAUUACCUUCCUUUCUGAUGAGAACCCUCUUACUACAACCAACCCCCUGUACCAUGAUGAUGGCACCCUCAGCAGCCCUGAGCACCAAAAUCAGAGGUACCACCUGGGCAUGUAUUCACCCAACAUGAGAGGUCUGAGCAAGUCCAUCCUGCGCUUCCCAUCUACAGACUCAGGACAUGCCUGGACUUUACCUUCUAGGUUGCACAAGUGUGAGACCAAUGAAGCCCUACAGAGUAGAAGGGUGGCAAUGUAUCCAGUUCAGUGGGAGCUGCAACUGCUGAAGUCUGACCUUAAGGACAGUAAGGAGAUGAUUGAUGGAUUUGAUGGGUUUGUAGAUGAAGAUACAGAGCCCAAAUUGACAGUAAAAGAGCAGGCAUGGCAGUUUGAGCAGCAGGCCUUGCAGGACAUAAGGCAGAGGCAAGGCCAGGACUCUCUUGGGUCUCUCUCUUCCGAAAUUAUUCUCUCUGUUUUUGAGACCCCACAGUCUUCAGUCAUGGGACAUAACAGCAGACCCCCAGCAAUAAUCAUUACCCAGAGUGACGGAACGCCUCCGCCUAGUAACAAGCCCACUCCACCAGUGCUGCGGAAGUUCAGCAGAAUAACCACCUAUCCCAAUGAGGAGUCUUACGAGGUCAAUGUGGAGAUCAUCCCAGACCCACCAGAUGUUCCUGCUCCACAACCUCCACCACCUCCACCUCCACCUCCCUCCAGUCCCCCUCCACCUCCUUCCAGUCCUCCACCCCAAUCCAUACCUGUCCCUCGAUCCCCACCAGACCCUCCCCAUCCAACCCCUCCACCUCCUCCUCCUCCUCUCCCACCUCCCUUAUCUCCAACCUUUUCCCGUUCCAUACCUCCUUCUCCAUUUGUCCUUCCUCCUCUUCCCUCAGUCACAUCCCUUCGAGCAGUGUCCUUGCGGCCCACACCACCUCCACCACCGCCUGAGUCUGAGCUUCCCAAAAGGGAACUCAAAGGGAUCCUUAAAAACAUCCAGAACAUAGCUGACAUAGAAAAAUCCAUUGCCAACAUGCACAGUCAAAUAGAUAAAAAGCAGCGCCCACCAAAGAUUCUCCCCAAACCAAAAGUGUCUGUCGAACCAGAGGGUGGUGUGUCAGAGGUGGAGCCUGUACAAGAAAUACCAGCACCAGAGCCCAAUCCAAACAUGAACUCACUAGUGGAGGAGCUGGAGAAACGCUUUCCUUCUCAGUCCACUAUCCUGUGACACUCUCGGUCCAUGUUACUAUUACUGUCUUAGAAGCGGUUCACACAGGAUGCAUUCUAGCAUUACAGCAUAUUGCUAGAGUCCAGCAGAA